UUUUGAGCUCUUCGAAAACUCGAAAAUUUUACCUUUGAAAGAAAGCUCAAACGCCACUAACCAGGAGAGAAUGUUCCUUGUCUUUACGGAAUGGGUGAAGUUAUUACAAAGAGUACCUGGUGACGAUGUGAAGGUCACAGUUUUUAUUAGGCAAAUGAUUGACAAGGGUGUUUUGAAUACAACUGAUAACAUGAUUCAGUUCACGAAAGCUGCCCUGGAACUGUCAGUGGGCUCUUUCAAGGAAAGUGACCCCACUAGUGAGGUUUUCAUUGCAACUGAUGCUUUCAGCAAAUUAAUCGUCAACUUGUUAGUGUUGCAAGAUUUUGCAGGUAUGAAUCGCUCAGAAUAUCUCAGGCUCAUGAUAUCCGUCAUUACCAUGGUAUUUUCCGAAGAUCAAGGCCGUAUGGGAAAUAGUUUCAACGAAAGGCCGUAUUUCAGGCUUAUUUCGAGUUUGUUGUGCGAAUGGGAAAACAUAAGCGGUCAUAACUUUGUCAAAAUACAAGAUCAAUAUUACCGGUCUCAAUUGAAUGAAUUUACUCCGGAGUUUUACAAUAUCAUUGCAUCCUUUCUGCAUGUUUACCAACCCAUUGCCUUUCCUGGCUUCUCAUUUGCUUGGAUUACACUAAUUUCCCAUAGAAUGUUCCUACCCAAGAUGCUAAGACUACCAGAAAAGGCUGGCUGGUCGAAGUUAGUGCUGCUAUUCACAGAUCUUUUGAAAUUCAUGGCUCAAUACACGAAGAAGAAUGACGUCCCAGAUGCAGUGUCCGUCGUAUACAAGGGUGCCCUGAGAGUGUUCUUGGCGGUGGCCAAUGACUCUCCUGAUUUCCUGGUCGAGAACCACUAUGAACUUCUCAACCAUCUUCCUCAUGUUUACAUGCAACUUCGGAAUGUGAUCUUGAGUGCUAUUCCUAAGGACCUGGCCAUCCCUAAUCCCUAUGAUCCUAAUUUGCGUAUUGAUGGUGUAGAGUCAUGCCAAGAUGCACCAAAUGUGUUCUACGAUCCCGUACAGGACUUAAAGAGCUUGAAGAAACCUGUUGACAAUUACUUGAGAAUACCAAGCACUUCACUGUUAAGGGUAAUUUCCACGAAUGUUUUCAAACAAGAGUUCCAAAAAGACAACGGUAUCGGGUAUGAUACAGUCUCUGUCGACACUAAGUUAAUAAAUGCCAUCGUUUUACAUGUCGGUGUCGAGGCCGCGUUGGAAAAACACAAAACCACGGCAAAUGCGAUCUUCAAUACAAAAUCCUCUUACUACACUUUGCUGGCUAGUUUGCUGAAUGAUGGAACUGCUGAAGUCAGAUUUCAUGUGGUGCAGGCCAUCGCCAAUCAGCUCCGCUACCCAAACGCACACACUCAGUGGUUUAAUUACGUGCUAAAAAACUUCUUUUUGGAAGAUUGGGAUGCUGACACAGCUGAGAUUCAAGAGAUCAUUAUCAGAACGCUACUUGAGCGUAUUGUCACAAAUAAGCCGCAUUGCUGGGGUAUUAUUGUGACGUUUACAGAUUUGUUGAAGUCACCAGAAUGCUCUAUUCUAACACUUCCAUUCGUAAUGGACAUUCCUGAAGUGGAAAUGAUCAUCAAAAACCUUUCGAAAUACAUCACGAAGGCGGACAACUUAGUCGAUGGAAACAACGAGAAUCAUCUGAUAUUGUCUGAAGCCUGA